AUGGCAAUCAUAACUCCCCUCGCGUCGCGCUUUCAUGCGCUGCGCAGCUAUGCUGGUAGUACAGCCUGGGCCCCGCUUGUGGUACUGUCACGGAACGCUGUCAUGUCGGUUCUGGCGCGUAUGCGAACGGGUCGCCUGGACGUUGUGGAUGUGGAUGGGAAGGAGACCAUCUGUGGAAGCGCUGAGAACCGGGCUGGUUUACCCCAGACCGUUUUGCGCGUACACAACGACUCGUUCUGGGUGCGAAUGAUGCUCUUCGCGGAUAUGGGCUUCGCAGAGAGCUACAUGCUAGGCGAAGUCUCAUGCCCGGACCUGACAGCUUUUUUCGAACUGUUCAUCCUGAAUCGCGAAAACCUCUCCGACGGCUCAACCAUCACGUCCACAAUCAGUACGAACAUUGCGGGUCUGGCACGGGCCACAAAUACGCUUUCCAACGCUCGUCUCAACAUCGCCGCGCAUUACGAUAUCAGCAACGAUAUGUUCGCCGCCUUCUUGUCCCCAGACAUGACAUAUUCAUGCCCAAUCUGGCUCCCCAAGUCGUCACCCCUCUCAACAAGUGAGACUUUGGAGACGGCGCAGAUGCGGAAACUGGACCGCUUCAUCGGCAAUGCUCAUAUCAAGGCAAAUGAUCAUGUGCUGGAGAUUGGCACCGGCUGGGGAAGCUUUGCCAUACGUGCAGUGCAAACCACGGGCUGCCGGGUCACCAGUCUAACCCUAAGCACGGAGCAGAAAGAACUUGCGGAAGAGCGCAUUAGAGACGCAGGGUGUGAAGACCGAAUCGAGGUGCUGCUGUGCGAUUACCGCGCCCUUCCCCCUCCGCAAAACGGAAAAGGUGCCUACGAUAAGAUAAUAAGCAUUGAAAUGCUUGAAGCCGUGGGAAAAGAAUUUUUGGCAACAUAUUUCGAAUGCGUGAACAGGCUCCUGAAGAAGGACGGUGGAAUUGCGGUCUUCCAAUGUAUCACCAUGCCAGAGACACGCUAUGAUGCCUACGCCUCCUCGGACGAUUUCAUACGCCGCUACAUCUUCCCGGGCGGCCACCUCCCCACCGUUUCCCAGCUCGUGGCCUCCAUCAACGCCGGCAGCCGCAAGACGCUGAUCGUCGACAACAUCGAGAACAUCGGGCCGCACUACGCGAAGACGCUGCGGCUCUGGCGCCAAGACUUCACGCGCAACUUCGACGAGAGCAUCAAGCCGGCGCUGCUGCGCGAAAGCGAAAGGAAAGGGCAGGCCAUGGGCAAGAAGGACGUGGAGACUUUCAGGCGGAAGUGGGAGUAUUACUUCACUUACUGCGAGGCGGGAUUCCGCGCGAAGACGCUGGGCGAUGUCAUCAUCACGGUGGGGAGGGAGGGCGCCGUGGAGAUGAUGGAGGAGGUGCCGCUUUGA